UUGCAAGUCAACUCGUGUGCUCUGUAGCUGAUAGAGGCACCUCGAGCUGAAAUAUUAUAGCUCUAUUGUAUUGGAGGACGUGGUGUGACAGCCCCCGGCAGCAGUAAAUGGCCUGCUUCGUACCGCCGCACUGAGGGAGAGUGUCGCCACAUCGGCGUUCAAGCUGGCAGGGCGACACAGAAAUCAACUUUGUCUAUUUUUAAUGGACGCGCUUCGAGCGGCGGCGGCGGCAGCGGCGGCAGAAGCGACGGCGGCGGGCGGUUUGUUUUCCUUGCGUCUUUAUCUGUAGCUCGCCCGAAAAGCGAGCCCGUGCGGAGCCCCCCGUGUGUCCCCCCGCUCGUCUGGCUGCCUCCUGCUCGUCCACACAAAACAGUCCCAGUUAAGAACAGCAUGGUCAUGGCUGACAGUGUCCAAAAACCGCUGAUCCGGGGUCCGGUCCGAGUGGGCUUCUACGACAUCGAGCGCACUUUAGGAAAGGGCAAUUUCGCUGUCGUGAAGCUGGCCCGACACCGCAUAACCAAGACCGAGGUGGCCAUCAAGAUCAUCGACAAGACCCAACUGGACGCUGUGAACCUGGAGAAGAUCUACAGGGAAGUGCAGAUCAUGAAGAUGCUGGACCACCCCCACAUCAUCAAGCUCUACCAGGUGAUGGAGACGAAGAACAUGCUUUACUUAGUCACGGAGUAUGCCAAGAAUGGGGAGAUCUUCGACUACCUGGCGAAGCACGGCCGUCUCAGUGAGCUAGAGGCCAGGAGGAAGUUCUGGCAGAUCCUGUCGGCGGUGGAGUAUUGUCACAACCGCAACAUCGUCCACAGGGACCUGAAGGCGGAGAAUCUGCUGCUGGAUGGCCACAUGAACAUCAAGAUUGCAGAUUUCGGAUUCGGGAACUUCUUCCAGCCCGGGGAGCCUCUGGCCACAUGGUGCGGCAGCCCGCCUUAUGCUGCUCCAGAGGUCUUUGAGGGCCAACAGUAUGAGGGCCCACAGCUGGACAUCUGGAGUAUGGGGGUGGUGCUAUAUGUGCUGGUGUGUGGAGCGUUGCCCUUCGAUGGGCCCACUCUGCCUGUGCUUCGACAGAGAGUCCUAGAAGGAAGGUUUCGCAUCCCCUAUUUCAUGACUGAAGACUGUGAGCACCUGAUCCGCAGGAUGUUGGUCCUGGACCCAUCGAAGCGUCUGACUGUGGCCCAGAUCAAGGAGCACAAGUGGAUGGCUCUGUAUGUUCCCGUACAGAGGCCUGUUCUGUACCAACAGCCUCUGUCUACUGAGGGCGAGGCAGGUGUGGGAGAGUACAGCGAACAGGUCCUUCGCCUGAUGCACAGCCUUGGCAUCGACCAGCACAAGACGAUAGAGUCUCUGCAGAACAAAAGCUACAACCACUUUGCUGCUAUCUACUACCUGCUGGUGGAGCGGCUCAAGGCCCAUCGCUGCAGCUUCCCCGUCGAACAGCGGCUCGACGCCCGCCAGCGACGGCCCAGCACCAUCGCUGAGCAGACUGUCGUCAAGUCGACCAGUGGUUCAGCCCAGGUGGGUUUAAUCCCGCAGGGUGUUCGUCUGCUGCGCUCCCCUGCUGUGCCCCAAGCCUCCUCCGAUGCUUUCACCUUCCCCCAGACUGCAUGUCCCCUGGAGCAGAAUUUCAUGGUGGAGGACGUCAACACGCCCAAAGUGAACGGCUGCCUGCUGGACCCCCUGCCUCCCCCCACUGUCCUCCGCAAGUCCUCCACCUCGUCGCCUAGCAACAUGAUGGAGACGUCCAUCGAUGAGGGCAUCGAGACCGAGGAGCCAGACGCGGAGGAUGAUCCGCCCCACCUGCUCUCGGCCUACCAGACAGCUCGGUUCGGCCAGCGGCGACACACCCUCUCUGAGGUGACCAACCAGCCGGGGCCUUCCAACCAAGGUAAAUUAUUCACUCUAGGCCACAACCCCUCCAUGGGUAGCGUGGACUCGGACAUCGGCUACGACAUGGGCUCCAUGCACAGCGACCUCGGCCUGCUGGAGGACCCCCCCUCUCUCAGUGAGGUGGUAACGGCCAGCAGCCCCGCCCCCACUGUCACCCCUACGCCUUUCUUGAGCGCUCGGCCCGCCAACCCAGCAAUGGCCGCCCUGACUUCCCAGCAUAGGGAGGCGCACAACCGCUCCCCCAUCAGCUUCAGAGAAGGACGCCGUGCCUCUGACACCUCCCUCACCCAAGGUCUGGUUGCGUUUCGGCAGCACCUCCAGAACUUGGCGAGGACCAAAGGCAUCCUGGAGCUAAACAAAGUCCAGAUGCUAGUGGAGCAGAUGGGCUCCGGGGAAGGGGCCGCCAUGGGCCCCCUGGGACCACAGCACCACUUGCACAACCUCCUGGAGGGCGAGGCAUCCAAGCAGCAGGAGGGCCUAGCUUUAUACCAAGGUGGGCUGCAUCCACCUCUCCUGUCCCGCAGACAGAGUUUGGAGACACAAUACCUCACUCAUAGACUACAGGCCAACAGUCCUGCUAGCUGCCAACUAUUCUGCAAGGAGACUCCUCGAAGUUUAGAGCAACAGCUGCAGGAGCACAGACUGCACCAGAAGAGGAUGUACCUGCAGCAGUCACAGGGCAUGGGGCUGCAGGCCUACUUCAACCAGAUGCAGAUCGCUGAAGGAUCCUACCCGACAGGCAGCCCUGCUCUGGACCCGGCGGCAUCCCAAAGUUCCCCUCAGGGCCCCCCUUUGUCAGCUGCCCACCAGCCUCAGCCCCAGCAGCAGGGCAGUCCUCAGGCCUCACCUCCAUUCAGCCACCCCCAUAGCCUGAGCCCUUUGAUGGAACCGGGUGAGGGGCUAGUCUAUGAUCCCUACAUGAGCCACCACCACUACACCCAGCACCUGCCCCCUGGAUCUCACCUCCACCACCUCCAUAAUCCCCAGCCCCAUGAAGGCCCUGCCAGCGGGCUGGCCUUCAGCUACCCUCCAGGCUGUGAGCAGCAGGUCCUGGGGCCUUCCACUGAGGCUCUUCUCCCAGAGCAGUAUGAGUUCCCAUUGGACCCCGCCUUGCUGCCCCCACCCGCUCCAGGAGAGGCAGAGGCCGCAGCUAUGGCCGGGGUUUUGGCCGGUCCGGCGCAGUCAGACGGCCUGGGCCUGCCCGAGCUGCAGAGCUCCCUCCUGGACAGUGAGAUGAUGGAGACCGUGGACUCCCAGCAUGGCUUCGUACUGGUCAACUAAAGCAAGCUGAGGGGUUAUUAGAAAGCAGUAUUAAGCAAUGAGAACCCACGCAGCACUAAGAGCAGAGAGAAUGGAGAUAUAAGUGGAGGCCACAACCGUAGCAACAGGGAAGGAGAAGUGUUAACUUUUGUACGACUAAUACAAACUUCAUUUCUUAGUUGUGACGAACCUCAGACGACCUUUCUACCAAAAUCCUCCCUUAGCCUACCUCCCUUUCUCCCUCUCCUCCUCUGUUCUCGUUCUCAUCAGCUCUGUGAGGCAGGAAAGGGUCCGAUAUGUGGCACAGCGUGAGCUUCGCCCCGCUGACUUGGCGAGACCGCUGUUGUCACGGACGUUGUGCCACCUGUGAGGACUGCGCCGUGCAGCCGGGGGGGGGGGCGUGCUGCACAUCCUGGAGGCUGCCAGAGUGCAGCAUUUCACCUAGAAAUGGUUUGGAAGUGAACUAAUUUAGGACUGACUGACAGGCAACCAAAAGGACAAUGGCUGGCAGUGCUUUUUGUAUUUAAAAUAGGACACCAUCGACAACAAUAGACUGGUUCUUAAAACACUUUAGUGCAUUUUUUUUAUUUCAGUAGAUAAAAAAAACAACUGAACAAGAGAAAAUGGCCCUCAUUUAUCACGGUACCAUGGAUGUCUCCGCAAAUUCAUGUGUUAAAGGUGUUUUUGUUUUUUUGUCCUCUGUAUAGAAAGGAUCUCACACACUAAUGUGAGCGCAAAGGCUAACGCGAUGGUCGUAUUCGUAGGUUUCAACACUAAUAUAUACAGUAUUCCUCCAGAAAAAACGUCAGGCUACUCUUGUUUGUCAUUUCUCUAAACAAACAAAUACCUGAAACAUGCGGAAUGAAGCACCAGGCUGGUGAGUAACGCACCAUUUGUCGAGCUGCAUUUGUGCUUUGAACGGCGCUAAACUCUCUCCAAGCUAUUUUUAGUUGACUGACUAAAUGAAAAUAAUAGAACGCCGAUCUGUAGCUGCAGGGUUUCGUGUAGGCUAUGUGACAUGAAUAGCUUUAGUUUUCUUUGUGUUUUUUGUGACUUGUAACUACUGAUCCUGAUUCAUUUCUUACACUACUGAACCGCUGCUUCACCUUUCCAUCCGAUUGCACACACUCGCCAGGUUUCAUUCUACUCAACACGAUGAGAGAUAAUUACCAGUUUUAGCAGGAGAAAUGGCCACGCGUCUAUUUAACAGUUGAAUUGUGGGUCACGUGUUUGCCUGAUAAAUGAGGGCUGAUGUAAUUAACGUGCAUUUGGUUGAGAAGUAGCGGUGUUAGACAGUCAAUAUUAUUCUAUUUUUGUGGCAAUACUGAAGCAAUAUUAAUCUUUAAUGUUUGAGGGAUUGUGAAUGGAAGACUCACCUGUACAGCCAACUCUGAUUGGUUCCCGGGGACCUCUGAGUCGUCAGCAGUGACAUCACUUGAGCUGAUGAUGUAACCAGGAGAUAAUCUCUCACUCGCUCGUCCUGGAAGUGCAGGGACAAGCCUGGAGACAGAGUGUGUGUGUGUGUGUGCGUGCGUGCGUGUGUGUUUGCACAAUUCAUACUUCAAAUUUGUCAAAUCAUUUGUCGUCAUUACUGAAAAAGACAAACACUGUAUUGACGUCUCCACUCAGAAAAACACAAACUGUGCUCUUCCUUCGGUGCGCAGUCGUAGCUUUUAGAUUAAUUCUGGUUUACAUCCUCAGUGCUCCAGUCGUGCCUCUGUGUUGUUUUCUUGAUGAACCGUGUUUAGAAUAAUGGAACGACCCCUGCAUUAGAUUUCAUGAAAGAAUGUUUCCUCUCUGACGCUGUGGCUGCUGUGAGAUGAAGACCAGCAGAACGUCGGUCACCUGACACUGGAUUUUUGACUACAGGCUCACCACCGCUCUUUGACUGACAGCAAGCCGGCAACAAGACGAGAGAUCUUUUUGCUUUUUUUUGUUUUUGUUUUUUGAAGAGCACAUAGACUGUGUUCAAUCUACUUGAAGCGCACAGAUGUAACUUCUCUGACAGAUGAUGAUGAUAAUGAUGAAAAAAUAACCUGCUUUUCAUUUUAAGAACAGGACGGCGAGCGUCAGACGGCUGAGAUGAGAUUAUCAGACUGUGACCAUCUGCAGACUGUUUGACCUUCAGAGGUCGCGGGUUAAACUGGAGGAGUGCUUGUAGUCAGAUUAGCCUUCAGACAGGACAGGCGCUCUCAGUCAGUCGGCUGGACUGAGCAGAUGUAUCUCAGAGUUCUCUCAGACUCUAAAUACAGAUCUGAUUUGACUCUUUACAGCUGCAGUUAACAGGCUGGAGAAUAUGGACCAACUGCGGUUGCAGUCCUGUGCAAGACCUGAAGGAAAAAUCCACCCUGAUAUGCUUUUGACACUGUUUCACAACAGAUUAGGGCUGCAGCUAAUGAUCAAAUUGUCAUCUGAUUAUUUUCUUGAGUAAUCAAUAAGUUGUUUGGGCUAUAAAAUGUCAGAAAGUAGUGAAAAUCACAAUUUCUCAGGGCCCAAGUAUUCACAUUGCUUUUUUUUGUCUGACGAACAGCCCAAACCUCAAACAUGUUUGGUUUAUUCUCAUAGAAGAGGAAACUUAACAAGAAAACAGCCAAAUUUCUGUCAGUUUUGCAUAAGAAAAGCAGAUUGACACUGUUGACAAUGCACACGUUACUGCUGGCCUCUUUUGUUCUGAGUAUAACUGAUCACAGUGAGGUCUCAAUGAGAUAUUUCUGGCAUUGAACACAGCUAUCAAGAAAAUACCGACUUUUGAUGUCAGUCCCUCAGGAUCUUAGUGCAAAUGCUCAGUGAGUCACCAUUUAGCUCUGACAUUUAACAGACCUACUAAUAACUCCAGCAACAAUGGCCUCGAUAGGGCAAAGUGCACAGCGGCCACAAGACAUGUUGCAAAACAGGUCUUGUGGUUGCAUUAAUAGUUCCACCCUGAAAUUUACAAACUAGUUGGUUAGCUAAAUAUGUUUAUAUGGCCAUACCACAGUUUACUGACAGGAAUAAGCUCACACCCAGUUUGUGGGUCAUGUUUGAAAGUGGCCUUUAGAAAGAGAAGUAGAAGAGUGAGGCAGGUUUUUAGCAUAAAAUAAUAAUUCUGGACUUUAUGGAACGGCAGUGCAGGAGUACUGAAGGGUGGAUUUCGUCUUCAAGGGAACAUUUUGAUGAUUGUUUUCUUUCAUUCUGUCAAUGGUCAGGCUAGAACAGCUACAGGACGACCUGUGGAAGUUGAAUACUGGAGCACUUUGUCAACGAGGGGAAGACGAGACGUAGCGGGAGAGGAGGAGGCGGCGGAGGUGGAAAAGGUUGCUAUUGCUCUGCUGCUUCCUGGCAGAUGAAACGAAGCGUAAUCUGUAGGAAACACCUUUCUCCUCUCUCUCUUCCCCACCAAUAAUGGACACAAAACAAAUUUCUUUCAACGAAAGACCAGACACAGUAACACUUUAUCUGAUUGUUGAUUUUGAUCCAAGACAGAGUAACUCUUUCUUUGUACAGAUUAGAGGUGUAGUGAAUCUUCGGUGCGCGCUCAAGUUGCGCCGAGGUUGAAUUUUGUGUUGAACGUGAAAAGUGUUCAGUGUGCCUUUUACUUUUUUCAAUCUGAAUGAAGAUUUUUGAAUAGCGCCAUUUGUUUCUGUUUGGACCCUUCUCUCGUUUAUUUUAUUACUUUAUUUUUCUUUUCUGUAUUUUUUUUUUUCUUUUCUUCCGAAAGUCAGUAGAGCCAGGUUUUACAAAGGUACAAAACCAAAGUCCCUCAGAAGUUUCCCUGUACGACCCACCGUGUGGAGUUUUGGAGCUUCUUUAUCAGCUUCUCUACCGUGCUUUUUUUUGUUGUUGUUGGUCAAUCAGUGUAUGCCAUUUAAAAGUAUUAUAGCAAUAUUUCUCUAGUUGAAGACUAAAGUCAUGAAGAUUCUAGUGGACGUGUUUGCGAGUAUCAUAAUUUCACCUCCUGCUGAUAAAACAAAAACAUCAAUCUAUCAAUAGAAAUCCAGUUUUAUAUUUACCUUCAUUGAUGUUGACCACACAUAAGCUAACUUGCUGUUGAGAUUAAAAAAAGGUUUAUUGAACAU